CUUCCAACUGGUGUCCGUACGAUGGCCACAAUAGAAAAGAUCCGCGUACACAACACGGCGUAACACUGGCAAAAUAUUUCCCAAAGCUCCAUAGGCCAUCGCAUUGCCAUCAGUCAGUCUCUCUUUCCCUCGCUCGCUCGCCCGCCUGGAAAAAGGUGUGAGCAGAAAGAGCGAUGGCGGCGCCACCAGCAAGGGCUCGUGCUGAUUAUGAUUACUUAAUUAAGCUCCUCUUGAUUGGGGAUAGCGGUGUGGGGAAGAGUUGUCUGCUUUUGCGUUUUUCAGAUGGUUCCUUCACAACAAGUUUUAUUACCACUAUCGGAAUUGACUUCAAGAUAAGAACCAUUGAACUUGAUGGCAAAAGAAUAAAGUUGCAGAUUUGGGAUACAGCAGGUCAAGAGCGGUUUCGAACCAUCACAACAGCUUAUUACCGUGGAGCCAUGGGAAUUUUACUGGUGUAUGAUGUCACUGAUGAAUCAUCUUUUAACAAUAUUAGGAACUGGAUCCGCAAUAUCGAACAGCAUGCUUCUGACAAUGUCAACAAAAUACUGGUGGGAAACAAGGCAGAUAUGGAUGAAAGCAAACGGGCUGUUCCUACUUCCAAAGGCCAGGCUCUUGCUGACGAGUAUGGCAUCAAGUUCUUUGAAACGAGUGCAAAGACAAACAUGAAUGUGGAGGAAGUUUUCUUUUCCAUUGGAAGGGAUAUCAAGCAAAGGCUUGCAGAAUCUGAUACCAAGUCUGAGAUAGAUAAUCUGGAAGUUGUAGUUAACCUCGCCAAUGACAAUCCCAUUUUGGGGAGUUAA